AUGUGGCACAAUGGUACCGACGCUCGUCGGCGGUCCAGUGAGCAGCAGCAGUCUCCGCCGCAACAGCACCAAGUGAGCGAGGCGCAAGGCAUUCCAGAUGACAUGCAGGGCGACGUCAUGAACUUCUCUGAUCUGGACCUAGCACAACUCGGACUCCCUUCUGAAAUGGGCAUGAUGGGCACCACAGAGGAACUCCAAGGCAGCCUGUUGGCGAUGCAUCCUUUCGAUGUGAACCCCUCUCACUCGUACCCUGGGUCCUACUCAGGGGAACCCCUUACCUUUGACAACCUGGAUCUAUCCUUUGAUGCCCUUCCGCCGGACGAACCCAUGACCUCUUUUCACAGCCAAAGUGCAACGCCAGAGAUGCCUCAUACCUGGCUCGACAACAGCAGCAACGACAUCAACAACAGCAGCACCCCUCCUGAGCCGAGGCCACGCAUGCCUCAGGGUACACGAAGUAACGAUUCCCUCCGAUUCAGCCAUCCCUCCAGCCUCGGCAGCCCGCGGCCUCUCAUGGCUUCCCAUCGGCAGCCCACCUUGCCACGGCGAAGAAGUCGAUAUCUCCGAAACAGCGGCGAGCCGGCGACUACGUCGUCAACGCCCCUCACGAUCCCGACGACACCGGCGGCUAUGACGGACAACGCCCUCGACCCCAUGCAACGAUGGCAGGAGUCGCCGCCAGAGAACGAGGCCGCGUCUCUCAUGGCCAUCGCAGGCGCUCUCCGCCAGCAGCAACGCGAUGCUCCAGGCAUGGCGGCGGCAGCAAAUUACAACAGCAGCAGUCGACCGCGUGGCAGCCGGCCCACGUCGCAGAGCAGUUUCGGCAGCCGAACGAGCCACUCGUCGCGGUCCGUCACAUCGGCGCGCUCAUCCAACCUCCCGAGCACCUUGCGGCGGUCCUCCGGAUCCCGCGGCAACCGCAUCGGCCGACCGAAGCGCGACCGCAGCCCGAACCUCCCGGGCAAGGCACCCAAGGACCGGCGGCCUUUCCAGUGCACCUUCUGCUGCGACACGUUCAAGAGCAAGUACGAUUGGGCGCGGCACGAAAAGUCGCUUCACCUGUCCCUCGAGUCGUGGGUCUGCUGCCCGCACGGCGGCGUCGUCGUCUCGCCGGCGACGGGCCGCUCGCACUGCGCCUACUGCAACAUGCUCGACCCGGACCCGAGCCACCUCGCGGCGCACAACCACGACAGCUGCGCCGCCCACGGCGCGCCGCACGUCUUCACGCGCAAGGACCAUCUCAUCCAGCACCUGCGGCUCGCGCACAAGCUCGAGACGACGCCGCUCAUCGACGGCUGGAAGGUCGAGGCCCCCGCCGUCGCGGCGCGCUGCGGCUUCUGCGACGCCCGCACGGCCUCGUGGCCCGAACGCGUCGAGCACCUGGCCCGUCACUUCAAGGCCGGCGCCCUGAUGCAGGACUGGGUUGGCGAGCACGGGUUUGACCCCGAGAUUGCCGCCCGCGUCGUCAACGACUUGCCACCCUACCUCAUCGGCCUCGAGUCGCGCGCCCCCGUGCCCUUCUCGUCGACCGAUCCCGGCACCAAGGACCACCUGUCGCAGGUGCACGAGAUUAUCAAGAACCAGAACAGAAUGGCCGGUUCCGAGAGCUGGGCUGGUGAGGGCGCGCAGACGGCCGACAUGGGCGGCGGCGCCGAAGACGCCUACCCGACGGCGGCGGGGAUGGAGCAGUCUUCCGGCGAGGCGCUGCCGGCCACCUUUCACGACACAUUGGCAGUGCACCUCGGCCGAUUCGCGCGGCAUCAGAUGCGCAUGGGUAUCAUACCGACGGAUGAGAUGUUCCGCGAAGAGUCGAGACGUAUCGUCUAUGGUUCGGCGGACCCCUUUGACUGGACCAUUGCCGAAAGCGACCACUGGCUCGCCGGCUUUCGGGAGAGGCAUGUCAAGGGUUCCGAGAGCCCUGCUGCGCCUUGA